CCGGAGCCUGCAGCCUUCGAAUUGAAAAACGGCCUUUGUACACAUCUCCAAAACUUCCUUAAAUCGGAUAGUACUAUCAUCAAUCAUGUCAGCGGUCGUGCACGUCCUUAUACCGUUCUUGCUUUGCGUAGCGCUUGCAAACACAGACAUUUUCAACGAGGUUUUGGUUGACGUGACUUACGAUCACUAUGCGGAGAAAAAAGUCGACAGUCUGCCCGCCUUCCUGGCCAUGCCGUUCAACUGUCUGAUAAAUGUAGGAUAUAUAUUAUUGGGCAUCUAUUGGCUCUUUCAACGGAUAACAGACUUUAAAGACAGCCGUGCGGUCACCUACACCAAAGACGUUUUCGCGCUAAUGGCAAUCGCUUACGGGCCCGUGCAGUGGGUGCGAUUGUCCACCUUGCGCCGUGCACCCUCUGUUUUGGACCAAUGGUUCACGUUACCUAUUUUUGCAUGGGUACCGGUGUGGUGUAAUGUCAUUGUUAAUGGCUGGUCGUCUCGUUACGCUUUAAUGGUGGAAUUCUGCUCUAUUCUCAGCUAUGGACUUUCGCUUUUACAUGACCGAGGGUUUGAAGUUGUGCUGGGUUGCCACAUCGCCUUCGCUGUAUUUAAAGGCGUCCGAGCGCAGAUGAGGCACGGAGACGCGCUGUCUUUGCGCUACUUUUGGUUGGCUUUGCUUUUUUGCUUUGGUUUUGUGACUCUAAAGCUUCUGGAUCACACUCUUGCAGAGUACUGGAUGUUUCAAAAUCUCACUGGACAUUUUUGGUCCAAAGUUUGCGACAUUCUUCAGUUCCAUUACGGAUUCUGUUUUCUCACUCACCUCAGUAAAAAUGCACAGAAACGCUCUUCAUAAACGACCAUGAAUGUCAUUUUAAUGAGAGUGCAUACAUAAUUGAAUAAUUGCAUUAUGCCUAUAAAUGUACAAACCUUGCUUACUUGGUUGCCAGAAAUCAAAAAUUACAUCAAAAGUGUAUUUUGGAGAGUAUGGGAAUUAUUUGUUGAUACAGACUGAUGAGACUAAUUUUAUGUGUACAAAUAAAGUGUACAUAUGUGUAAAAUCUUACAUACAGUACCUUAAUAAUGUUACAGAAGUCCAGAUGUUUAUCAAGGCACUUUCCUACACGUUUUAUGUGGAUGAAAUUAAAGUAAAAUGUAACAAAAGUCCUUAGCAUUUGACAUAAGAGUGAAUCUAAAAAAGAAUAAUAAUAAACAACAUAAGACCCUUUAUUUAGGAUAUUUUGUAUGUGAGCCUCUUUAUUAACCCCAAAAGGGUAUAAAUGUAAAUGUGUAUACAGCCUAUACAUAAAAAGAAAGGUGGGUUGUGUCAACCCAUGUUUGGGUAAAAUAUAGACAAUGAGGUGAAGCCUACUUUUAAACUUGAUAGCACUGGCAAAUAAAAACUGUAAAAACAA